ACCGCGUGGAGGACGACGAAUCUUGAGUCAAGUCGUCGCGCUCGGGCGUACUUGGGAAAUUGCCGAAUCGGAUGAUUUCUUCCAUGGAAUAUAUACAUGUCGGAUGGUCCCAACUCCCAAGGUGUGAAUAACAAUGUUGGCCUAUUUAUAGGAGUGCUUCGCUUCCUCCAUUCCGCCACAACGUUUGCCCAGACUUCAAAUUCUAAAGUCAAUAGCAGGCACCACCACCACCUCAUCCAAGAUCUGAAUAGAGAAAAACCUCCGGCGGGAACGAUGUGCGGCUGCGACGACUGCUGCGGCUGCAUCUCUUACAGGACCAGGGAGAACAUCAAGUACGGCUGCAUCUGCUUCGGCGUCGUCGCCGUCGUGGUCGUCUUCGCCGUCCUCCUGGCCGCCUACGCCUUCCUCCGCCACGUCAGCAUCAUCGUGGAGGACGCCUCGCUGACCAGGUUUGCACUGCUGACGACCCCGGCGACGGCGCUCGCGUACAACCUCUCGCUGUCUCUCAACGUCCGCAACCCGAACUGGGCGAUGAGCAUCAAGAACACGGAGCCGUUCGAGGCCGCCUACAAGUUCGACGGCCAGCAGUUCGACCGCGUGCAGGUCUCUGACAAGGGCGACAAGCAUCCCCCCAGGAAGACCAUGGUUUACCGCCUUGACUCGGGAUCAGACGGCGCCCUCGUGUCGCUGGGUAACGCCGGCGUGGUGGAGUACAAGAAGGAGAACGAGACAGGUGUGUUCGAGGUGGAGGUGGCGCUGACCCGCAAAGUGAGCUACACAGCGCGCUACACCAAGUGCAAGAUCGAGGCCACCUGCAAGCUCAAGCUCAAGCUCGUGAAGCCGGAGACGACCACGGUGGUGUUCGAAAAAGUGAAAUGCAAGCUAGAAAAGGCCGAGAAAAACUGCUAGAUACUUCCUCUGUGUGUUUGUUUGUUUCCAUUCAAUGUAUCUGGUAUUUUUCCCACUCUUUGAUGAAAGAUGUGAUGAUACUUUUUGAUGUUGUCUUGCUAAUUCAGAAACAAAGUUCGAUGGUACUAUUAGAUUCAAUUUUUUUUACGCAU